CAUAGGAGUUUCCAGCCUGUAUGUAAGACUCUGUAAGACCGUGCUCUAUUAUAUCUUAGUUUUAUUUAUCGUCGCAAUUCUCUCAUUUAUCUGAAUUAAAACUGGUAUUGGUAAUAAAAGGAUACAAAAAAAAGAGGAAAAGAGUGCGAAACAGAAGGUGGAGGAGGAAAAAAUAAAAAUUUUCAAUUAUUUUGGAAAAAUGGCUGACCACAGAGAACGAGACUCUUAUUAUUCACAGACUGACCCACGUUCUAAAAAUGAUGAUCCACCGAAUUCACGUUUGUUUGUUAUUUGUCAUAAGAGUCUGGAAGAAGAUGAUGUCAGAAAGGCAUUCGAGAAGUUUGGAAAAAUUGAAGAUAUAUGGGUUGUCAAAGAUCGCACCACAGGUGAAAAUAAAGGAGUCACAUAUAUAAAAUUUUCGAAGACCUCUGAAGCGGCAUUCGCACUUGAAGAGAUGAAUGGAAAGAUGUUGGGAUCAGUAGGACGCCCAAUCAAAGUCAUGAUUGCAUCAAACCGUGAUCAAGGGUCAGUUCGCGAGACGAACGAAGAAGAACGAUGGGUACGCUUAUUUUGUGUAUUACCCAAAUCUAUGACCGACCAUGAAUUACAGAAUGAAUUUGCCAAAUUCGGUCCAAUUGAGUACGUAACGGUGGUGAAAGAUAGAAAUACAAAUGAGUCAAAAGGCUUUGGUUACGUAAAAUUCAAGAAAGUAUCAAGUGCAGCAAGAGCCUUUGAGGAAUGCGACCGAAAGUACAAGGCUGUAUUCGCUGAGCCAAAGAAGCCAAAGCCAGAUCACUCUGAUUCUAAAUACAACAAUGGCAUGUCAAUGUCAUAUGAGAGUAUUAGUAAUAGCUACGGUUCAACGAAUUUCGGAAAAGGUGCAGUUGGCCUUGAAAUUGCAACAAAUUAUCAAAAUCCAGAUGGUUACACACGACUACAGGUCAUUGCACAUCCUGCACUAAAUCAAGAUCAACUCUGGAAGUUAUUUGACAUCGUGCCUGGUCUGGAUUAUUGCCAUUUAAAGACGGACGUCAGAUACAGAAUGCCGCGUGGACAAGCAACAGUUGUUUACUCCCAUCCAAGUGCUGCAGCAUAUGCCAGAGAGAAAUUCCAUGGAUUUGAAUAUCCACCUGGGCAUCGGAUGAUCGUUAAGCCUGAUAUGGUGGGUUUAACGCAGCAAAAAAAUACGGUUAAACCAGGUGGAUCAAGUUUAACUGGUAUAAAUACGCGAACGGAUCUAGCGCACCUAGCGGAAACAAUUGCACAAGCUACGUCAUUGAUACAGGCUGCUGGACUAACGGCUCCGAGUUUGGAACACAAUGUUUCUUUGAAAUUGCCACCAGUGCAACCAAUGGCUAGUAUAGAUGCUGAAGUCGAGAAAAGAUGUUUCAUUGUGUGUGGACCACCUGUGCCUCCCAUCUACGCUAUGAAAGAUGCUUUCUGCAGAUUUGGUAAUCUUAUUGAUGUCUACAUGCUUCCAGGAAAAAAUUGUGGGUAUGCUAAGUAUGCCAGUAUUGAGAGCGCAAAUAAAGCUAUUGAGAUACUUCAUGGUCAAGAAAUUUGCGGUUCUCGGUUGAAAGUUCUGGAAGCUGAGGAGCGUAAUGACGAUCGUCGCAAACGUUUGCGAAUGGAUGAAGAGGAGCAUUAAAAAGUCAACUGCUUUACUUUUGUUUUCGGUGUCACACUGGUUAAACACAAGCUGGACGCACGCAACGAUGAGACUAUAAAAAUAUGCAUAUUAACAAUAAUUUCUAAGACUCAGUUGACCUCCGUCGGGCCAGCAACAGAGGAAAAUUAUCUACAACAAAUAUUCACUAUUUUAAAGAGCUGUUCUCAUUUUUUUUUAUUCCUUCACAAAUUCAACAUGGAAAACUCCAAUAUUACAUCACUUUUUCUCAGUUCCACAAUUACAACACUUAGAUUCGAAGUAUUUCUAUUUGUUUUGCAAAUAGGCCUGUGCGAAGACUGAUUCAUUUUUAGUAGUUCAUUAUAGAUUUUGUUCAUAAAAAACCAAUACAAAAAAAAGGAAAUAACUGUCUCGAUCAAUUGCUGCUCAUCAAAUACUGAUUGUGCUUUGGGAGAAAAAAUGAUAACAGAAACAAAUAAAAUACUUGUCACAAAACGUAAAAACUUGAUGCAAAUGAAGAACGUCCAAAAUAUAUUUUUAUACAACAAUAAAAAGUCCGGUUGAGUAAAUUCAAAAUAAAUUAAAAUACGAAUUAGGCGAGAGAAAAAGCGAGAGAAAAAUAUACAAUCAUUUAUACAAAUGAGGUUUGGUUUUUAAUGCUACAUUGUUCGCACAGGCUUUCAUGUUUAGCAUGUGUCUUGACAUGUAUUUUUUAUUUAUGGUGUAAAAUCUAUGCAUGUGGCCUUUAAAAUUUUCAUAUAUUGAAAUUAGAGAUUUCAUACAAUUUUUAUAGUUGAACAAAAAUUAAAGAGGCAUCAUACCAACAGUUAGCAAGUUCCAAGUGGUUAUUGAACCACACACAUUAUUCAUCAAACACACCGAUUAAUCAUUUCGGUUUUCUCUUCAAAGUACAAUAAUUUUGAAAGCAAUUAACCGAUUCUGUUCAUUAACAAUAUCAAUUGUGCCUAUCGCUAGCAGUAACAGCAUGUCAAAGUUGAACGUUCAUGGAUCGGAUACAUCGGAUAGUACUAAAGCUAGCGUAUUAACGAGGUGACCUUUCUAUCGUGAAAAAUGCUUGAGUUCAGAAUUGAGGAGCGAAUCGUGAAAAAUGGAUCAAUUUUGGUAUUUUUUUAGUUAUUAUGGAGGCACAUAUUCUGGUAAAACAAUUAUCAUCACAAUUGGUUGAUAGAUCUCAAAAACUAUUUAAUUUAUUUUACUAAUAGCAUUUUUCUGGCGCCACUUUUUCCGGCAGCAAGCUUGCCGCGUUUCUCAGUAACCGAAAAUUUGUAGUGACUGACAACGUCAUUGUCAGUUGUCACUUAUUUUACGGACUGAACAAAAAAUCGACAUUUAGGCUCGGAUUCUACUUUUUUCGUUUAGCGUUUCGUUUAGCGUUUUUUUUUUAUUGUUGAGAACCGCGGCGAUCUUACUGCCGCAGUAAGUUGUGCAAGAAAAACACUAUUACAAUUUUUAGAGACAAUAGUAUUUCAAGAAUGAAUUUCUAUACCAUUGGCCUUGUUUUAACGAUGAUCAUUAUUUACUCAUAAAAGUGGAUUGACUGUACACGUAAAGGCUUAAGUAUUAGUUUGCAAAUAAACUCAUCAAACUAGCGUAAGAUUCCAGUAAUGUUCAACGGAUUAGAUUUAUUUUCUUUUCAACAUCAUCGUUUCAAAUCAGCUAGGGCAAAUCUUUAGGGUUUUUUGGUGCAUAACUCUAAAAAAAAAUUGAUAUCGAGAAAACCAACAGAAUUCUACAUUUUAUUGAAUAAACAUGCAAAAUAAGUGUAUAAAUAUUUUAAAUACGAAAAAUAACAUGAGAAUAAUUGGAAUUCCAUGACAAGUAAUAACUCCGUAAGUGAAAACCAUAAUUUUUUUGUUCAUUAUACAAUAGAGAGUGAAACAUUAACUCUUGACACUUAAAAACUAAUGGACUGUAUAUUGACUGUAACUGGAGUGUUGACAUAAUGAAAAUACACAGAAUAUGAAGGAAAUUGAAUAAAAUCUUUUCUCAAAUAGUUACCGA